UAAUCCCCACUGAACGCACACGGCACAUAUACUCUUGAGUUCUCCUCGUCGGCGUCUUCGUGGUCCUCGCCUCUACCUCCAAUGGGUCGCGUGAUCAGGGCACAGCGUAAGGGAGCAGGUUCCGUCUUCAAAUCUCACACCCAUCACCGCAAAGGUCCUGCUCGCUUCCGAUCGCUCGAUUUUGGAGAGCGCAAUGGUUAUCUCAAGGGUGUCGUCACUGAGAUUAUUCACGACCCCGGCCGCGGCGCCCCUCUUGCGCGCGUCACCUUCCGCCAUCCCUUCCGCUUUCAGCACCAGAAGGAGCUUUUCGUUGCCGCAGAGGGCAUGUACACGGGGCAGUUUGUCUACUGCGGGAAGAAGGCCAACCUUGUUGUCGGGAACGUCUUGCCUUUGAGAUCUAUUCCCGAAGGUGCCGUCGUCUGCAACGUCGAGCAUCAUGUUGGUGACCGUGGGGUUUUCGCCAGAGCCUCCGGGGACUAUGCUAUUGUGAUUUCUCACAACCCUGAUAACGGGACAACUAGGAUUAAGCUCCCGUCUGGAUCCAAGAAGAUUGUUCCCAGUGGUUGUCGAGCUAUGGUUGGACAGGUUGCUGGAGGAGGAAGAACUGAGAAGCCACUGCUGAAGGCAGGCAAUGCUUACCACAAGUUCAGAGUUAAGAGAAAUAGCUGGCCCAAGGUUCGUGGUGUUGCAAUGAAUCCUGUGGAGCAUCCUCAUGGUGGUGGUAACCAUCAACACAUUGGUCAUGCCAGCACUGUGCGCCGUGAUGCACCCCCCGGACAAAAGGUUGGUCUUAUUGCCGCCAGGAGGACUGGCCGUCUUCGUGGCCAAGCAGCUGCUACUGCUGCCAAGGCCGAUAAGGCUUAGAAGAAAAGUAAGUUAUUUUAGUUUAAUUUGGCUGCUCUGUUUUCCGAUUUUGCACCUCAGGGAUUUUACACUACUAUGUUAUGGUUCGAUUGUAUACUUCAAUUUUGUUGGAAUCAUGUAUGUCUGAUUGACGCCCAUAUUUGGAGUUAUAUUUUUCAUUGAGUAUUUACCCGUUCUUGCUCAUAUUUCAGAAGUUGGUAUGAAAUCAGAAUAUUUUACUUGA